AUGAUGUCAUGGGAGCUGGACGUGGGGUUCAGGCACGCGUUGCAAGGGACGGGCUGGACGGGAGCCCAGAACACGGAAGGCCCCGCUCCAACGCGCGAGCCCCGUGGCGUGGCCCCAUGCCCACUGGAACUCCCUGGCUGGCCUGGAAUGAGAGGCCUUGCACGCAUGCACGCCCUGACGCCUUGGAGAUCUGGAACGCACCUUGGCAUCAAGAUCGUUGAGGCUUGUCACGUCAUUGGUCUCAGACUAUGGUGCGCUUUCGAAAUCGGCCAAACACGUCCAAAAAUAUGGCGGAACCAGUUGCCCGUCUGUGGUGAAGUCAUGGCAGGUGCAGCCGCAGACACCGCAGACCCGCCGCCUGCGGAAAUGAAAAUGCUUGCUGGCAGCACACUGAAAUUGACAGCCGGCACCGCCCGCGGCACAUCCCUGCGGCCCGCAACACACUGGAAAGCGGCAUCCGCAGCCGACCGGGCAAAGGUGGAUUGCUGUUCAGCUCGUCCGAAGGCAGCUUGGCAAGUGAUUUCCAAGGUUGUGCCCAUUGCAACCUACGAGAGGGCGGUCGCCUCCGCUGUGUUGGUAGCAUACAAGCCCGGCCAACGCGAAGCGUGUCGACACGCGCUAUUUCCCCACAGUUCACAACAAAUGUCUGGAUUACAGCCCCUCGACGCCCGGCCACAUCAACGGACAGCGUUGAGUCCCGUACCCGAGACCUACUAUCCAGCUCGGAGCUAUUCACGCAACUGA